AUGAGCAUCAACACAUCUAGACAGAUAAUGUGCACUUGUUCACCCCCCUGCUGCAGCCUUUCACCUCAUCUUGAUCGUCUGUGGACCGAGCCGUCGCACAUGGUGGAGGCUUCGGGUUCUGUGUGGUUGUCCACAUGCAUCUGGGGCAAAGUCAAGGGGUCUAGAAUUCAAACAGGGGGCAAAGUUAAGGGGUCUAGAAUUCAAACAGGGGGCAAAGUCGAGGGGGCUAGAAGUCAAACAAGGCGCAAAGUCGAGGGGUCUAGAAUUAAAACAGGGGAAAAAAUCAAGGGGUCUAGAGUUCAAACAGGGGCCAAAGCCAAGGGGUCUAGAGUUCAAACAGAGAAUCCAUCCGGCUCAAGGCCGGAAUCAACGUCGGUGUGUGGAUCGCUCUGCAGCCCAGUGACAAGAGUUGUAGGGCAGGGAGGCGUGAACUUGAAAGGGAGAUCCACAUGGGUGCGAGUGAGUUGGACCUACCUCUCCUUAGUGAGAGGGGAAAAGAAACAGGAAAGGGGAUUCCGAGAGAGAGGAAGAGCACCUCCACAACAUGCUCUUUAUCUCCCUCUCACCUCGCCCUGCACUCACGCUGUGGCAUUCUCUGGCAUGGUCUCUUUCUCAUCCUUCGGUGACCCUUUUCCCGAUCUCUUCCCCGAGUUUGACAUCAACAACCGCCUUCUUCAAUACGAUCUGUCCCGGCAUCGGGCGUGCCAAACAGGUCUAUAUUUGAACCAAGGUGGUAUGGACUCAAAACCGACCGGAGGUGAAUCACGCAUAUGCUGGUCCAACGUGGACGGGUGUCAAGAGGGAGAGGGGGAGGCAGCGAGUACACUGACUGAGACAAGUGGCUGCUCACACCGGCCAGGAUGGGUACCAGUGGGCGUGGGCUCAACUGGAGCAGGGUCAACAAGGACACAAGGGAGGGGGAUAACUUGGGGUGGCACUGCUAAUGGUGGUAAAUGCACUCGGGGUCCUACGCGGACAUAUCCUGCUCCUUCCGGACCUUUGUCUCCCAGCCUUUCAACUACUACGCCUCCCGGUUCUAUUCCUGUGCCUUUUCCGUUGAGGGCAAGACGAGCUGUCAGUGAGCGUACUGGUGAAGCUGGGAAGGAGGGGGAAGAAGAGAGAGAGUCCUUCCCACAGUUGCUGGAGUCGCUCUCUAUAACUGCGAACUCUCCUCCACUCCUUGUUCGUCAGGUUGACUCUACUAGUGAUGACACAGAUUAUGAUGCGCUUGACCCUGGCAAUGAGUUUGUUAAGAAGUCGAUAGAGCCCCUUCAUCCCAGCGAUCCCAGUUGGCAGAGGGUUGGGAAGCGACCAUGCCUAGUGUGCAAGGGUACAAAGCUUGUGGUGUGUGACAAGUGUGAAGGAAGAGGUCGGCUAUCUAAGGGUGGGUACCAGAAGAAGAACCCUUUGUUCCUGGAGAGGAUUGUGGAUUCCAAGUGGACAGCCCUCGAGCGAACGUUUGGCUGGUGCCACUUUCGAGUAGAGUCCAAGAAACAACAAGCCAAAGGUAUCUGGUACUUAGAGAUGGUGGCCACAUGUGACCCAGCAUCACGGUUCUGGGUCAACGCUCAAAAUCUCAGGGACAGGGACAGAUGGGCUAUGGGUUGGCUGCAGAAGCAGGAGAUCUCGCGGUUGCGUAGUAGUAAUGGUAGCAGGACCAGUGUUGAGCAGAUUAAAUCAUCGUUGAAAUCCGAGCCGUCGAGGUCGACUAUGGAAGAUGCCAGCUACGGCACAAUCUGCAAGGCAUGCAAAGGACUGGCCCAGAAGCCAUGCAAGGCCUGCUCCUCGUCACCAAUGAAGGGAAAAAGAAAGGAUGCACACGGCAACACCCUUGGCGGAUCGGAGUCGCACAAGUCCGGCCUUGCCACAACUAUUAUUGAUGUGUAAAAGAAUGAAAAGAGGAUGAUCUGAGCUCUGAGUCAGUGGGUGCGAUAAGGAUGCUCUGUACCAUAGAAAGGAAUUGCUUAGGGAAAAACUGACACAAUGUAGGCCAAGUACAUUUGAAAUUCAUAUAGAACAGGAAGAUUUGAGCUAAGUGAUGCUCGAGCAUGAUGAUGAGGAUACUGUGUACCAUCGGACGGGUUGAGUGUUUGAGAGAAAUUGAGACAUUAAAUGCACAAUAGUUUGUCAAAGGUAUCUAGCAAGGCAUGGCUUGGAUUGGCAUUAAAGUUUUGUGCAGUUGUGGGUAAUGAGCAUGACACACAAUGAGGAAAGGUGUGAACGGUGGUCAAACACGAGGUCCUGCCUGCCUACCCGCAUCGUGUCUGUUCUUCACUACUCACCAUGUGUAAAUAUUAAAUAACCACAUGGUAAGUAAACAUCAGCAAAAUUU